CCGUAAGGGCAGGUCUAUCUGGUAUCUAGAGUAAUUUCGAUAUGGCCGAAAUUGCCGACUCUGAUCUUGGAGAUCCUUUGUCUUCGACUCCUCCCGGCUUUGUUGCGAGCCCUACACCAAGCCCUACGUUGUCGCUUCAAAGUACAGACGACGGUUCAAACUCUAUUAUGUCCGAGUCCUCCUUUGAUGUUCGACCAGAGCCUCGACGUCUUUACAAUCAGAUACCCCCACGUAGCAGCAGUUCAGCUCCUCGCACCGUAUCUUCCCCCAUACCAUCUAGUGAUCCAGAAGAAAUCGUAGACUUCAUCGACCGAAUUUACCAUUUCGGAUCCCCGAUAGACAGCGACGAUCCCCUCUUGGAGAACGCAUACGGCCAUCACAUAGACCUCGAUAUUGAUUUAGCCGACGAGUACGAUUCAGAAGAAAGCUUGUUUGUGAACGGCCGCCCCGACAGAGACGGUGAUAUUGAUCUAGUUGAUCGCCAAUCCCUCGAUUCUUGGCCGAGCAGUCCUGAAUAUAACGCCGUAGAAGAUUAUAUGCCGCUCAGGAUGGAUGGACGUAGAGAACUGGAGAACUUGAGAGACGAAUUGAUAGCCUUCGAGGUGGAGCAUGGUCGUACCUCCGCUGCUCGGAGACAAAGACAACAGCAACCUCAAAGAGAACCUGAGGUUAUCGAUUUGACAGGCGAUAGCCCCCUCCAACCUGCACCUCGAAACCGCAUACAUACCCUUCGCGGACGACGUUCACAACAGCGGGGCACCCCACCACGAUUAGAACGAAGUGAUGCUAGCUACAUGAACCCUCAGACCGUUAUCAACCUCGUUUCUGAUUCCGAAGACGAACCUGAAGCAAUGCCGCCUCCCAGAAGAAGUGUUCCCCCUCCUCCUAAUCCCCCCCAGGCGGACUUGGCCCGAAACCAAAAUCGAAUGCGACCAGGACGGCAACCAAUGCAACCCGAUCGCAUGCCUGGCCGCUAUCCUUUUGACCAGAUUCAAGAACUUAUGAAUCAAAUUCCUAUGUUCCGUAUCUUCAACCCAAACCCUCUGGUAAACAAUCACGACGACGAUAUAGUCCUACUAGGCCAUCGCAACGUAAUGCAAGAUGUGAUGCCGCAGCCGAACCUCCCCCCGGUAAACCUUGACUACGACAUCCAUCCCUUUGCUGCGAUGGCGCCACCCGUGCCUGGAGGCGCUAAUCCGAAGCCCGCGCAUGAACCUCCGAAGGAAACAAGAGCGGGCUUCACGAGAAACACUGGCGAGGAUGUCGUAGCCAUCUGUCCUAGUUGUGAGCAGGAACUAGCAUAUGACCCGGAUGGUGACGGAGGCAAUACACCCACACCGUCCAAAAGAGCUCGUACAAAGAAAGACAAAGCUGAGCACCACUUCUGGGCGGUUAAGGCCUGUGGACACGUCUACUGCAAGAAGUGCUACGAGUACCGCAAGUCGACGGCCAAGAACCGCGUCCCCGUGGGUUUUCGACCUGAUCCUAGCGGUGCCAAGAAUAAGGUGAUGUGCGCUGUCGAAGACUGCGAUUCGGAUGUAAGCGCGAAGGCUGCCUGGGUCGGCAUCUUCCUAUGACGGAGGGGCCUGUCUUCACUUUGCCCCUCCAAAUUGAUUAAGUCUAGUCUGGGGAUGCUGGAUACCCGACUCAAGAUAAUUCUACGGCGUUGUGACACUUCUCCGGUACUCAUAUUUGCAUCAUAAGGCGUUCCGUUAAGGCAAGGGUAUAAACGUGGGAUGACGGUCGGAAGGGAACUGGGUAGGGUCGAUAUCCCCAUACUUUGUCUACAUUUUACUUUUCUCCUUGUCUUUUUUUUUUCUUUUCUCGUGGCCCUUGGCAUACGUGUAUUUUCAUAAAUACAGACCUGAUUACGGACACUAGCCUCUCCAUACUACCACAACAACCUGAGUCGGUCAUCGUAUGAAAAGAAAUACGGUGGAUAUAAGAUGUGGGAGUGGCGGGUUUGGUUUAGGUAGGUACUUAGGUCGCAUUGCGUCGUACUCUAGCCUACUAGACGGCUUGCGAGAGGCUUUCAGCCAGUCUAUAAGUAAUUAGAGGCAUCGUUAUGUUCCGAGAAGCCUACUGGAAUCACGGCGUACAUUUCUAAUGAUUGAUUCGUCAACAGAGUAUGUAGUUGUAGUGCAGUAUGUACCAUAUUCACGGAAGGGCAAGGCAACUUUAGGUACGGUACCACGGCAGAGGCUACAUCAAGUUAAGAAAGAUAAAAAUAAAUAUGUAGUCCAAGCUAAGAAGUAAGCGAAGCGAGCCAUGACUAAAGAA